AUGCCUUACAGCAGCACCAGUGCCUAUGAUUUCGUAGCCGUUGGACCUGUCACUGCGAGUGAAGGUGCAAGGGCUUCACAGCCCUCAGCUGACUCGUACCAAAGUCAAUCCAUAUGGUGUCCCAAAGGUGCUCGAGGGGCUUACGGCGGUCAAGUCAUUGGCCAAGGUCUUCACUCCGCUAUCCAGACAAUCUCCGAUAACAAAGGUCUUCACUCGAUGCACAUACACUUUUUGCUUCCUGCCAAUCCCUCCAUCCCGAUAAUCUACAAUGUGGACCGGAUACGAGAUGGGAAGAGUUAUGCGACACGGUCCAUUCGAGCGAUGCAAGGUGAUAAAGUCGUAGCUGUCAUCAUGGCUAGCUAUUCGACCACUUCGACGAGCACAAGAACGGUUGAUGGCGUUAGACAGCCAUCUUUGAAAUCCCAAACGACGGGUUUGAUCGUCCCCAGUGAAGAGCCCUCGGUCUCUCAUUCACUUAGAUUCGUCAUUGAGAGUUCUAGCAAAUCCUCAGAUAGAAACGAACGGACGACAAAAGCCAGUGGCACGCAUCGGUACGGACAAGGUGGUGAUAUUCCUCCAUUUCAACCUCGUUACGCGCAGCCUUAUCCUGAUGGGAUACUGCCAAUGAAGCAAUGCGAAUUGGAACCGGAUAGAUGGACCAAGUUUUUGAGCAGAGCCGAAUCCAGUAUCUCGCCUCGAAGACGAAGAGCCGUCGAGGAGUAUAUCCAAGAGAGAAGGGAUUCACCAUGGGAAGUGGCAAUAGCUAAGAGCUCGACCCAUUUUACACCUCUCGAAAACGGUACGAGGCGGAUGGUCUGGCUGAAACCCAAGAUUCCCAGUGGGACAAAAGUCUCGUUGGAAGAACACAAAUGCAUCAUCGCCUGCAUUUCCGACUUCCAAUUCAUAGGCGCAGCAGCUCGCCGAAUAGGUCUCACGGCAAUCAGCAAACCUCCUCUUGGAAUGCUCACGUCCUUAGACCAUACCAUCUACUUCUACCCCUUCCCCAAAAAUCUCGACCCCUCUGCCCCGUUGUUGCACGUCAUUGAGGCGAUUAUCGUGGAUGUGCAACCUGGACGAGGGGUUGUCCAAGGAAGAAUAUACACAGAGACCGGGGAAUUGAUCGCAGUGACGAUACAAGAGGGCGUGGUCAGAGCCGGUCAAAUCAGUGCAGGAGAAGGGAAUAGAGCGCAGCAGGCGCGGGAGAAAGCAAAGCUGUGA